GCUCUGUGGGCGGUGGUGUCCAACGCCGGAGUCAUGACUGUCGGUCCGCUGGAAUGGCACAGCGCGGCCAAGAUACGAGCCUUAUUCGACGUAAAUGUGAUCGGAGCCGCUGCCGUGCUUGUCAAGUUUCUUCCGCUCCUUAAAAAGUCGCAAGGAAGGAUUGUCAUUGUGUCCAGCAUGUUCGGUCGCAUGACGGCUUCGUUGGCAGUGCCUUACUGCAUGUCGAAGCACGCAUGUGUCUCCCUAGCGGAUGGACUACGUCGAACGUUAAAGGCCGCAGGUGUCCAAGUUAGCACCAUCGAACCGACUGCGUACAGGACCGCGAUAUCAGACCCGGAUGUAAUGGCCCAACGUGUCGAUGAGCUCGUCGCAAGCCUCCCAUCGGAAGUGCGCAAGGACUUCGACCCAGCCAGAGCGUCAAAACUCAAGAUCCGAGCCAGAAUCUUCACAGAAGGCCUUCUGCGAGACGAUCCGUGCGAAGUGGUUAGGGACAUGGUAUCCGCUCUCAGGGAAACGCAUCCUAAGGCGCAUUACAGGACUGGCGGAACUGCGGACAGGGUGGUGCGCCUCCUGAACUACAUACUUCCUUCAGAGGUCGCAGACUAUGUACUCUUCAGCGUGGCUAAAUCGAAUGGUGUAAAAGAGAAAGUGAAAGCGUACGUUGAGGGGUGCAAAGCAAAGUAGGGAAGCGUUUGCAUUAUCUGCGGAACAUUUCAACAAACACCUCGUUGGUACCGCCACACCAGCGUACAGGAAAGUGGUGUUCCACUUCCGCCACCAAAACCGGGAGUGGCUGCGUUUACCAACACUCACAGUUUACUAACACUCACAGAUAAAUAUAAAUACCCCAGGAAGUGGAUGGGCAAAACGGCGCCGCGGCAGCUUAAUUCGUAAGAGCACCACGCACGUAAUACGAAGACAUGGAUUCGUAUCCCACCUGCGGCCAGUUGUUUUUUCUCAUCCACUUUCACUUCCAUUUAUUACAGCGAAGCUGUAUAUGGCUAGGGUCUCACCAAAAUUGCAUGCUUCAACAGGGUGUGUAGAAAAACGUCGCGUCAACAAAAUUGAAUCCGCAGUAACCUGUUGCGCGCCGGCGAUGCUCCAUGGCUCCGGACUGGAUGGCGGAAUAAUAAAACGUCAUUGUGUACCCACCAAUGUCUGUGCCUCGUUUUCUUGUGACGUCGACACCGCUCUAGCGACGUUAUCAGCAGUUGUAGUUUGGUCUUCCUAUGGUCAGUACGCGCAUAGUCCGUGCUGAAGAAGAAGAACGUGCAUGGAAAUAGCGCUGGCGUGACCAACAGCGCGAACGGGCGCGAG